UGCAUUUGCAUUAGCUAUUAUGAAUUUUAUGUAAUAUUGUAAUUCAUUUCCAUCCAAGUAGUAACUAUUUUAGUAAUAACUAAGUAUAACAAUUAUUAUUUUACUAAAAUUUGGUUUAAUUUGCACAGUGCAAUUUUCUCCACUCACAAAUAUUUGAAUUUCUUCUUAAACUCAAUUAUCAAAAAUUCAUGAUUGUUCAAUGAUUUUUUGUAUGGUACUUUCGCAAAAGGUAUCAAUCGGUUUUUUCUUAAUUUUAGAAAUAAAGCGACAAAUUCAAGUGAUACUAUAUUGAGAAUCCAACUAUAUAUAAACAUGAACGGCAGUGUCGAAAUAGUGGUGACUGAAAAAUCUGGUGAAAAACGUUUAGUGACUGUACAAGGAGCCAAUAUUAUUGACAAUACAGAAGAUCGAAGAGUACAUGAAAAUAUUGGAUAUGGAAUUUUUGUUCAAGGACUUAAUGGGGAUUUGGCACAUUUGUUGUUGGACCAGGAAGAAGUUAGUACUCUGACUGUUGAAAGCUUAGCAAAAAUAAUAAAUGGUCAAGAAACAAUAAAUGUGUCUGGACAAAUCCAAAUAAAUAAUUUAAAAAUUGAAAAUGUGGAUUUAUCGGAACACACCGAUCAAGCAACAGCAAUUUAUAUUGCCGAAGAGAAGAAUGCCAUUGCACUUAAUAUGGCCAAUGAAGCAGUCGAAAACUGUCAGAGUCUUAUGCGCCCUGAUCCUAUGGACGAAUUACAAUGUCAAAAAUGUGGCAAACGUUUUGCAGAUAUUAAUAAUUUAAAAUCUCACGAGCUAUCCCAUGAAGAAAGUUCUAUUGAAAAUUUGUUUUCAGAUGAUCAAUCGUUAAAAGAACAUUCGUUGGUGCAUGGAAAUCAGAAAUUGUAUACAUGUCAGAAGUGCGACAAGAAAUUUCCUUCGAGCUAUAGAUUAUUUCGCCAUAUGAACGUUCACACCGAAAACCCACCAUUCGUCUGUGAUCAAUGCGGUGUAUCUGUAGCAAACAAAAGUGAUCUAAAACUCCACAUUAUGAAACAUACUGGCGGUGCUGUUUACACUUGUACAGAGUGUGAUAAGAGUUUUCUAAAGCCAUCAUGCUUACAACGGCAUUCGAGUGUUCACUCUAGUGAACGACCUCUUCAAUGCAAGAUCUGCAACUUGACUUUCAAUUACUCAAGUAAUUUGUGCACCCAUCUUACGUCUCAUCCUAAAGCAAAACCUCAUCAGUGUACGUUAUGUGACAAGUCUUUUCGACGCCCGUCAGAUUUGGAGCGCCACAUGAUGACGCAUACUGGAGAACGACCUUUUGUUUGUCAAGUAUGCUCAAUGUCGUUCAUCACUAAUUACAAUUUAAAAGUCCAUUCGAUGAUACACAACGGAGGAUUACCGUACCCCUGUCCGUCGUGUGAUAAAGCAUUCAGCAAACCAUCCGAACUACAAAGACAUAAACUAGUUCAUUCAAGAGAAAAGCCCUUUUCGUGUGCCAAAUGUGAAGCAACUUUUACCAACCAGAGUAAUCUCAAAGCUCACAUGAUUACGCACACGGGAAGAAAACCUUUCCCUUGUCGUAUUUGUAACAAAGGAUUUACACGGCCGUCAGACGUCAAAAGACACAUGCUCACUCAUACCGGUUGUCGGCCAUUUGCUUGCGAUGUGUGCGGUUUGGCAUUUGCAGAUUCUUCUAACUUAAAAAAACACUCAUUGACGCAUUCUAAAGAGGAUCAGAAAAUUGCGUUGCAAAAUCAAUGUCCGUCGUGUGGUUUACCUUUUUACUCAUUUGAGCAACUGAACGAGCACAUGACCUCCGGAAACUGCACCAACACCGGCGGUAGCGUAAUCGAAUCCAAGUAUUCGUGCAAAGAGUGCGGUGCCACCUUUAAUCAUGCAUUGCAUUUACAAGAACAUGCCAUAAUGCAUUCUAGUCAUCGUUCAGUACACCAAUGUGACAUAUGCAAUAAAACUUUCAUACAAGAGUCUUUCCUAAUUGCACACUUAGCAUCCCAUACAGAGUCAAGACCCCAUCGUUGUGAUAUUUGCCUGAAGAGAUUUAAAAGCACAUCUCAUCUUAAAAACCAUGUUAUGAUACAUUCAGGCGUAAAGCCAUUUGAGUGUACUGUCUGCAAUAAGUCAUUUUUAAAGUUGGCAUCACUAAGGCGACAUUAUGCCACACACGACCGUCUGAAUUUUUCAUCAGCCGUUUGUCAUCAAUGUGGCAAAUCAUUUCUCAAUCAAGAAUAUUUAAAAAAGCACAGUGUCGUUCAUGCAGAUACGUAAUUAUUAAACUGUAUUUUAAAGUAGAAGUACUUAAGUAUAUUUUGGAACUGUUGUGUUACAUGUGGACUGCAAAAAUUGACACCAAUAAUUUGAAUAGUUUUAGACUUGCAUGAUUAAUAUUACUUAUUAAUAUCAAUUAAUUAUUAAAAACUAUUAUUUAUUUUUUAUUUAUAAAUCAUUUUAGUUUAAAAAAAAGAUUAUUUACUUUUUAUUUUUGUAUGAAAGGAAUGUUUAUUAAAUAUUAUGACCGUUGUGUACGAAGUAAAUUGUUCUGUACUGUGAUUUAAAAAAAGUACAAUAUGAUUGUUGUAAAUUCAAACAUUGUAUACUUAUAGUUAGGGAAUUGAAAAAUUGAACUUCAAAUUUGUUUCUAUUGCAAAACUUUAAUAGACUUGUACGAAAUGUAAAUAAUAAUUAUUGUAUUAUGGUGAUGCAACACACUUUUAGGAACUAUAAGCUUAAUGUUGUCUGGGAUAUUUUAUUAUAAUAUAUACCGUAUAUUAAUAUACAUUUUUAUAAAUAAUGUUUCUUUAAAAUUGUUCUAUAUUUAGUUUUAGGCUUUAAGUUUUAACCAAAAUGUAUUAAUUUUAUUUAUAUUUUAAAACAAUCACUUGCAAUUAUCUAUUUGAGUACUAUUAAAUGUGUAAAAAAUUAAAUCGGUUAAUUAUCCUUGAUAACAAACCACAGUAAAUAGCUCUCGAGGCUCAAUAAAAUAGUAUGGUAAGAAUAUAAGCUAAGCAUAUUGUUGUAAAACUUUUUAAAAUAAUUAUUUAUUUUUAAAUAUUGAUAAACAAAUUGUACAUAAACAUAAUAUAAAUUAAAUUUUAAAAAAAAUACAUCUUGAACUUGAUUCAAAUUUUUGGA